CCCGUCUACCUACCACACCACGCUUCGGAAGCCUUCCCGCACCACUGUCUCCAACAGUCCUGAUCCCCCGCACAGCCGCAGCCACCGACGAAGCCAACGCUGCUCACCAUUCACCACCAUGGCCAAUCGCAAUAAGAGAAGCCAAGCAUACGAUCCUGCCGAGAUGGCAAUGCUCAAGGGUGUCCCACUUCCUGACAAGCUCAAGUGCUCACGCUGCAACAAAUUCCUCAAUCACGCCAACUUCUCCGCUAAGCAACUCACCGAUGCUCGACGGUCCGUCAAGCUCAAUGGCGUCAACGCGCGGUACAAGAUCAACUGCCAAAAGUGCACCGGCAAACAGGUGGUGGAAAUUGAGUGUACCAUGUGCCACAAGACCAAGGGACUGGAGGAGUUCGCCAAAUCGCAGCGCAAGAAGCCAGACAGCGCGAAAUGCUAUGCCUGCGUGGACGACCAGCUGGCCCAGGAUGCCGUCGAGGACGAGGCUUACGAGGAACCGCACAAGGCCUUCAUUCCUGUCGAGCACUCCGCAGGCAACUACCCGGAGUACUGGACCUCAUCUACUCUAACCAAUCCGUCCGAAGCUGGCGACUUCGACGACUACCGUGCCGAUGACGGCGACGAGGGCGGCAUCAUCUUCUCUGACAACUUCCGCAAAAUGUCCCUGAACGGUUCCAUCACUAACACCCUCAUCGAGUCAGAAUAUGAUCUGAGUAGCCAGAACAACGACAAGGACGGCUGGAACACGGUGGAGUCAAAGUCCUGGCGCUCCAAGUCAACCACAGCCCCUAGCGCCAGCUCUGGGUUCGAUGCAAACAAGUACGGCAAGCCGCAGAGUCGUGCUGCGAGCGGCUCCGUCACCUCCUCCGUUCGUUCCUUCAGCUCUGGCUACGCGGAGCGCUCGGACACUACGUCGUACAAGAAUGGCUGGGCUAAGAUCAAGGCAUAUGUACGUGUUCCAGGUAUACUAUUUGUCGUUCAAGCUAAUUCAUUGGCAGAAGCCUUCAGCUGAGCAAGAGAGGGCUGCGGCUUCGGCUCCGGAAGCCAACUGGGAAUCCUCCUCCUCCGAGGAAGACGACGACGAUGACGCCGACGACGCUGAAAGCGACGGGUCUGACGCCGAGAUCUGAAGAGCAGCACAACGGUAUCCAUGAUUUGACAAAAGGUGGCAUCUCAUUGUCUUCACUCAUCUUCACA